GGCCCAGCAGUUUCCAAACAGAUCAAGACCAUGGCAAUCCUCAGGUCCCUGCUGCUGCCACUGGGGCUGUUUCUGUGCCUUGGACUGCUGUGUUCUCCUGCCAGCUGUAUAAAUCACAAUGACAACUGCACGUCCUUCAGUAAGGUCAUUGCCACCACUUACUCCGGAAUCCAUGCCAACCCGAACGUCUAUAAAAGCAAUACAGUCUACACAGUGUCAGUUCCUGUGAAUAACAGUAUUAGCUCUGUGGUCCUGCGAGCAAUGGACCAGCACGACUCAGUCAUUGGCUCCUGGCAAAAAGCUGACAAGUAUUGCAACGGCAGCGUCUUGUACCACAUGAAGAGCCCAUACAGCAAGCUCUUCGAGGCAAAAUGGGUAUCUCCUAGUUCCAUGAACAUAACUGCAGUCGAGCUACAAGUCUUCACAGUCGAUUUCCACAACACGGCUAGAGUUUCUUUUAAGAUGCUGAAAAGAAAUGGGACAACCUCAAACUUGACCACCAAGAUCUCCACAAUCAAGCCAACCACAACCACAACCCCAAUCCCAACCCACAAGCUAACCACAACCCCAACCCACAAACUAACCACAAGCCCAACCCACAAACUAAACACAACCCCAACCCACAAACUAAACACAACCCCGACCCACAAACUAACCACAAGCCCAACCCACAAACUAAACACAACCCCGACCCACAAACUAAACACAACCCCGACCCACAAACUAACCACAACCCCGACCCACAAACUAACCACAAGCCCAACCCACAAACUAAACACAACCCCGACCCACAAACUAAACACAACACCAACCCACAAACUAACCACAACCCCAACCCACAAACUAACCACAACCCCAACCCACAAACUAACCACAACCCACAAACUAACCACAACCCCGACCCACAAACUAACCACAACCCACAAACUAACCACAACCCCAACCCACAAACUAACCACAACCCCAACCCACAAACUAACCACAACCCACAAACUAACCACAACCCACAAGCUAACCACAACCCAAACCACAGCCAAAAGCUCGGCCAACAGAGCCUUCCUCAGCCCCCUGAGAGAUGUCAUUCAGAUCCUGCUCGUCUUUCUCACCAGCAAACUCCUCUUCUAGAAGGAAGCUGGGGGAACAAUUGCUUCUGCCUCCACUGCAUCCUUCUAUGUUCAGUUCCAAGCCAGGGCUCUGACCUGUGUGAAUGAAGACUCUGCGUUCUCAGAGGUACAACUCUACUGCCACUGCUUCAGACCCAAACGGAGACCAGAGGGUCACUUAGUGGAGGGUAGCCAGUCCACUCACUGCUGUUCAACUGGAUCUCUCAGGACACAAAUUAGGCUUUUUGUAACCUGGUCUGGGUGUAACUUGGAAUUCUGGCUCUUAAUUUAACAUGUCGACAGCCAAUUCCGCAGUCAAUCUAAACUUUUGUUUAGAUGCAACACCAGUAGUAUUUGAAGGGAAAGAAAAGAAUGUACCAUGUUUGAGUAGCCAAGGAUAGGGAAAGAUUAUGGUAUAAAGGCAUUAUUUUCUGUCAUACCAAAUACGCUAUGCUUCAAGCAAGAAUAAUGAAUGUGUUAAAUUCAAAUAUGUCUUUAAUGAGUGAUUAACUUAAAAUACAGAAAAUGUCAUCUAAUUUUAUUCAUUUAUGUGAGCAUUAAAAAAUCAAUGGAUAUAAAAUAGGUAACUAAUAAGGACCUACUGUAUAGCACAGGGAACUCUACUCAAUACUCUGUAAUGGCCUAUAUGGGAAAAGAAUCUAAAAAAGAGUGGAUAUAUGUAUAUGUAAAACUGAUUCACUUUGCCGUACACCUGAAACUAACAUAACAUUGUAAAUCAA